AUGGCUACUAUGGAAAUCCAGGACCUGGCCAACAGUGUCUACCACAAGUGCCUCAGUCAGUUUUCAGCCAGUCAAUUGCUGUACCAGCGCGAUAUAUUGGGCUUGGGCUUGAUCCCGAACAAGAGUCUCGAGACUCUCUUACAAUGCACUCAAUACUUGGUUGACCAAAACUACUUUCGAGUUUACCAAGAUACUGAGAACCGCCUUUCCUGGAAAGUCAUACCAAAAGAGGAUGCCGAAAAAAUUCAGGGCCUUAGCGACAAUGAACGGAUGGUAUACAAGGCCAUCCACUCCACCGGACGUAAUGGAAUCUGGAUUCGCGCGCUAGGAAAACGGACCGACCUACCCAAGACCAUCUUGGACAAAGCCCUCAAAGCGCUAGAGGGGAAAAACUUCAUCAAGUCGAUCCACAAUGUCAAGCACCCGGGCAAAAAAGUGUACAUGCUCGCCGGGCUCACCCCGGCCGAAGAAGUCACGGGAGGCGCUUGGUUCACAGACGGAGUGUUGGAUGCAGAGUUCAUUGGUAUUCUAUCCGAUUUUAUUGAGAGUUUGGUCAGCAGGAAGAGCUGGUACGAGUCGAUACCAUCUUCUUCAAAGCAAAGCGGCAAGCGGAAGAAGCUCAACACUGGCGAGAGUGUCAAAACCACUGAAUCCGACAGGCUAUAUCUCCCUUACCCUGCGGGCUACCAGUUUUACCCAACGGUCGAAGAGAUCACAGAUGAAAUCAACAAGUCUGGAAUCACUCCCGUUAAGUUAGACACAGACAGCGUCAGGCAGCUCCUUCAGAUGAUGUGUUUUGACAGCAGGCUGGUUGCACUGGGCCAGAACUACAAAUCUCUCCGGCGGCCAGACGCCGUGGCGAAAUACCUCGCUAAAAAAGAACGAAUCCCAGACACACAGCUCAAAUCCUGGAUAGGGACAAACGGCAUGACUGAGGCCCCCUGUGGUCAAUGCCCGGUUUUCAAACUCUGCCAGCCCGGCGGCAAAGUGAGCCCCGAAAGUUGUGAAUAUUUCGGCAAGUGGCUGGAGGACGCACUUGGAUUCUAA